AGUUUCCGAGAGUCUUUGAAACAUCAAAGCUGAAUCGACCCUGUGGCCCCCUGACUCCAGGUAUCUUCUGGAAACUUAGACCAGAGGUAGCUGUCCAUCCAAAAACCCCUGAGUCCAGCUGAUCGUGCCAGAGCAGUUCUACUGUGCAGUAGAGACCAUUUGUGUAGGGAUGUAAGAGCUCAUGUCUGUUGGCGAAGGUGAGAGCAGGUGAGACUGUUGACUUUCUGUGGCCUGAGAAGCAGGAUACAGCUCGAGGCUCUCAGAGGAAGCUGUUGACAAAAAAAAAAAGAUGAUAGAAAUUUUCAUCUGGGCUGGAAAGCUUUUGACACAAUUAACUUCUUUCCAGCACCGAGGCAGAGAAACCAUAGGUUGUUCUAUAAUCUUUGAUCAAAUGUUCAUCUGUGUGGUGUUGAGGCUGCGUAGCAGGGGUUUACUGGGUUACUGCCCAUGUAGGUAGACAAGGCAAUAAGGGUGUGAACACACUGGCCUGUCCCUAAAAUCAGACAGCCAACAUAGAGUUUCUGUUAAGUAACAUGUUAAAACUGUUAGGAAUUAUUACAUACGGAAAGUGUAAGAAUACUGGGACGUCAUUUACAUGCUGUAGAACGUGCUACUGAAAUGUAGCUAUGAUGGGGAACAAGGAAACUUCACUAAAGCAAGGGAAAACUAUUAUUAUUAUUAUUAUUAGGCAUUAUACAUUGUGGAAUGUAUAUAGUCUUUCAGUUAACUACUUAAAAGAAAACUGCUUUGCAAAGACCGUUUAGUUAUUUCAUUGGUUUGGGUUAUUUCUUUGCCUAUUCACUGCUCUACACAGGUGGCUGUAAUGCACCUGUAAACAUUUUUUUUUUUUUUUUUGUGACAUGACGAUAAAACCCAGACAGAUUAUUUUAUCUCGGAUGGGACCUGGGAGAGAGGACUGCACACCGAUGACCGAAAACAGAGGGAACUAGAGAGAGGCGAUGUUACCGAUGAGAAGUGAGGACUCCCCCAGGCUCAUGACGCUGGGCAGGGAGGCCAUGAUGAGGCCCUGGGAGGAGGCGGGGGACGCAGACAGACUGUGCAGCGAGGUCAGAGUGCUUACUGGGGGCAGCGGGCCACCGCUGGACACCUGAGACCAGAGGAGGGCACGGUCACGAUGGCAGCAGUGCAUACAGGGUUCUUCUGUCGUUCGUAGGCGUGGAAGAGGAUCUGCAGGGACGCUGGACCCCAUUUGAACCUGUUCCUCCGUCCUUUCUUAGACUCCUCUCCUUGCUCCUCCGCAGAGCCAAGGCCAUGUUUGGCGUUGGUAAAUUCUGAAAGGCCGAAGCGGAAGCGACGUGGUUGCUAGCCGUUACCUUGACGCCGGAGCCGCGUGCGCCGGUGUGGUGGGAUGAGAGCGAGAGACCGCAGCGGGACUGACUGACUGGAGGAGGAGGAGGUGGAGUCUGUCCCAGCCUGCAUCUGGCCCGCUCCUCUCUCUGUCACCACGGGCCAAACCCGCCCAGCUCCUCUCACUCACUCACUCACUCACUCCCUCACUCACUCUCCGUCUGUUCUCCCGCACGGCUCGGCUCGGCUCGGCUCGGACACAACGCAGCACUCAACUCACACAACACACACAGCGAGGACACGGAAUGGAGACGGAAGGGAGCCAGAGCAGCCUGUCCACCACGGACUCCCCUCACGAUCCCUGCAAAAUGUUCAUAGGUGGACUCAGCUGGCAAACAACACAAGAGGGCUUGAAGGAGUACUUCUGCAAGUACGGCGAGGUGAAGGAGUGUAUGGUGAUGCGAGAUCCGGUUACUAAGCGCUCGAGAGGGUUUGGAUUCGUCACCUUUGUUGAUCAGGCCGGCGUGGAUAAAGUUUUGGCCCAAACCAGGCACGAGUUGGACUCCAAAACAAUCGACCCAAAGGUUGCAUUCCCUCGCAGAGCUCAGCCCAAGUUAGUGACACGAACCAAGAAGAUCUUUGUGGGAGGCCUGUCAGUGAACACAACCAUCGAGGACGUGAAACAGUACUUCGACCAGUUUGGGAAGGUCGACGAUGCCAUGCUCAUGUUCGACAAGACCACCAACAGACACAGAGGAUUUGGCUUUGUGACGUUUGAGAACGAGGACGUGGUGGAGAAAGUCUGCGAGAUCCACUUCCACGAGAUCAACAACAAAAUGGUGGAGUGUAAGAAAGCUCAGCCCAAGGAGGUGAUGUCCCCCACAGGCUCAGCCAGGGGGCGCUCUCGCGUGAUGCCCUAUGGGAUGGACGCCUUCAUGCUGGGCAUUGGUAUGCUAGGUUACCCAGGCUUCCAGACAGCCACCUACACCAGUCGGAGCUAUGCUGGCAUCACUCCUGGAUAUACCUACCAGUUCCCUGAGUUCCACUUAGAGAGGACUCCCCUUCUGACUUCACCCCACCCCCCUGAGCUCACAGCCAUUCCCCUGACAGCAUAUGGACCAAUGGCAGCAGCAGCGGCGGCAGCAGCAGUAGUUAGAGGCUCCAACCAGUCUCGCACAGCUGGGUUCUUAGGUACGAGCAGCCCGGGCCCGAUGGCGGACCUUUAUGGGACAGCCGCUCAGGAGUCGGCUGUUAGCAGUUACCUCAGCGCUGCAAGCCCCGCCCCAAGCACUGGAUUCAGCCACAGUCUGGGGGGCCCUUUGAUUGCCACGGCCUUCACUAACGGCUAUCACUGAGAGUUGCAGAGCUGUAGACUGCGAGCUGGAAGGAGUUGAAGCUGCUUUGGAGCUGAUCUGGCCUGUCUCUGUCCAGUCCACCUCUCCGGCUGUGGCAGCUGAAACACCCCCCCCACACACACACACACCAAACCCCACCCUGGUGUCCCCUGAGUAAAAAAAAGAAAAGGGUCAUAAAAGGAGCGAAAAAGUUUAUCACCACAUACAGAUGAUGUUGUAUUUUUAGUGUUUUUUGUUUCUUCUUCUGUCAUUUCAACUUGCUGUUUUUUUUUUGUUGUUGUUGUUUUUUGCGAUGGCUGCGUUGGUUCUUUAUCCGUUUUGGCUGUGUUUUAUUGAUCUCUGAACCUGAUCUCUCUGAGAGAAGAGGAGAGAAAUCUCCAGGUGAAGCUAGUUUGAAAGGUCAGGAGCUGUUACUGGAAAGCUGUAUAUGUCACUAGUUCAUACUGAAUUUUAACAAAACAUUUGUGAUUAAUACUAUUUCUUGAAAAUGUGUCACAAAGUGUAUAUCUUGGUAGGUUUUUAACAAAGACUUGUAACACUAAUAAUGGUCUGACGACAAGGGGCAUUAGUCACAGUUACAUAAUAGGCCUACAUGAGCUGUACAAUUUUGUAAAAUAUUGUAAAUAUGACUGGU